AUGGCCGAAAAUGAUAAUAAUCCAGUCUUCCGAGACUUGGAUGAGCCAUCCUCAGUUUUACGCUCGGCAAGACCUGGAGAGUUGCUCAAGCGAUGCAACAUUACAGUCUUACCUGUGGAGAUUUUCGAUAUGAUCGUCGACUAUCUCGGAGUUCAAGAUAUCAAGAACGUUCGCAUGUGCUGUUCAACUCUGGCUCAUUUAGCGUUUCAUGCUGUCUUUUCGCGCUCGAAGCUGGUGAUUCCGCUGUGUGACCAGGGAUCCAGAGACUUGUUGAUGAUGACAAGGAGAGGCGUAGGACGGCACGUUCGAGGACUCGUGUUCAUCGAAUGCAACCACGCACAGCCUCAUCAAAGGCUGGCUUUCGAGAAACCAGAAAGCUCACGAACAUGUCUAGCCCUGCGAAAACUGACAAAGGUGACGCAUCUUGAGUGGUCGUCGGGGGGUUAUUUCAAUCCAGACCAUCACCAGUUUAGCCGCACAAUACGCGGAGAAAACAUCCUCUCGAUCUACUUCAACUUCACGGGGUGCAUUCGCCAUCUGGAUAUUGACGCGUGGAACCUGGACUGCCGCGGCUUCUCCCGGACGAUAUGCGCGUGUGACAAUCUGAUUCAUUUGACGAUAAGACAGUGGGCCGGUGGCGGUACUCAAGAUGUUGCUAACGAAGACCUCUCGGAUUACAUCUGGAAUCAGUCCAUGACCCAAAUGCGUUUUGUUUCCGGCCAUUUCGAGCACAUGAGGUCUCUCAAGAUCGAACGAAAUGAACUGUGUCUCAAGCAGCUCCUCCCGUUGCUUCAGGGCCUUCAACAGACACUGGUACGAAUUCAGCUGAUCUGCUCCAGCCUCAAGGUGGACGAGGAGGAUUUACGCAAACUCUUCGACAUGAGCGGCAAUAACGAACAGCUGGAGGAUAUCUUUUUGUGGCGACGGCCCCCCAUCCAGGGUGCUGGUGCCAUAGUGCUUUCCAGAGAACAAUUUCUGAUGAGGUACUUCAACAGACUGACGACUCUUGUUCAAGGAUUCGGAAUGGGCGAAGACGCACAGUACAAUUUUUUGGACAUCCGUAAAGACAAAGAAAUAACGUGGGCGCUAUGGACAGGCUAG